AUACGGCUGGGCGGAGUGCAUAGCACUGGGUGUAGAGCGGUGAGUCGGCGUGCGAUCAUCAGACCAAUACAUGUGAGCAUCAUGUCCUCACCAUCUAUGGUGCAUCGAAGCGGUGACACCCUCGUGGUGAGAAGUGUGGUGACCGGGGAGUCUAUACACGAAGAAAGUGAAGACGAUACUGAUUUGCCCCAGUGCAAGAUAAAGCGAAACUACACUUGUUCUCAUUGUACUUACUAUACACAAAACCCGCGCUCCUACCUAUACCAUCUCAAGGACGAACACGGGGAGAAGAUCAAAGUGUACGAGUGCCCUAGCUGCCUGUACGCGUCCAAGCACAGUCAAAAGCUGCAGCGGCAUGUGCACAUGGUUCACGUGAUAGGUCGAGGAGCUGCCGCUGGCUUCAAGAGAAAGAAAAGCGAGGUAUCGAAAUCGAAAUUGUGGAACAGCGGACAGACGGUGAGCGCAAAGCAAGCGGAAAAGAAGUCCAGUGGCGAUUCUAAAAUGGUGAAUGUGAGUGAAAACAUCGGUGCGAAGGUGGGUGGAGGGGACGUACAUGAAUGCUCUUUGUGCCCAUUCACGAGUUCGAACCCCAGUGAAGUGUUGAAACAUGAACGCACUGCGCAUCUCAAGAAGAAAUUCUACCGUUGCAGUAAGUGCAAUUACGUGACUCAUAUGAAGGCUCGGUACACGAAGCACGUGAAGUACCAUUCCAUGCCUAUGAUCAAGUGUGAUCUUUGUGACUUCCGCACGCCAUACAAGUGGAACUUGGAUCGUCACUACAAGAAUCAUACUGGGGAUGGGGCCUUUCGCUGUGCUCUCUGUAACUUCACGGCCGAUAUCAAGCAGAGCCUCACUGUACAUGAAAUGAACCACCACGUGCCCCCAGUUGGACAGCCCAUAUUGGCGGGGGGUGGUGCGGGGACAGGACGGCGCCGGAACAAGGUGGGCGCAAGCGACUCUACGGCUGUGGAAGAGGAGAUUGACCAGGAGGAGUUGGAGCUGUUGCGCAUGGAGAGGGAAGACGCAGCAGAUUCCGCCCCUCCAUUCCAGGCACCAGGCACAAAGCCAUCAGGUUUUGCUGUUACAACUUCAGCGUCUGGUAACAGCAGUAACAAGAACAAGAACAAGAACAAGAACAUAACCUCUCUAAACACUGAUAGCAUUAGCAGUAAUGGUAACUGCAGUAGAUCAAACUCCAUCAGUACUCCAGCUGGAAACACCAGGAGGACUCCAAAGAUUAAAGUGACGCUUAAGAAGCUGAAAACUCUUAGCAGCCAGGAACAGAAUGAGAGGCAUAACUUUCAGACAGACUUUAUACACCCAGAUGAUAUUAUCCAUCAUAAAAAUGGGAAUGUUUACAUCAAGAACCUGAAGUGUCGUAUGUGUAACUAUAAGGCGGCGUGGGAAGGCGAAAUGGCUCGGCAUGAAAGCAAGGCACAUGGUAUCCAUCGGGCAGCUGCUGUCAAACAGGCAACCAAAAAGGUUCCUCGUCCAAUUCCUAACUUGAUACCCAUACAAAACAAGGUUGUACCUCCUAGUUCUGUCGCGUCGUUACCAAUACUUAGGAUCCCCACAGUCCGAGGUCGAGCUGUUACUUCUCUACUGAAACCUCAACAGCUACAAACAUCUCAACAAGAAAGCAGCAUGAGUGAGCGGGAUCUGAAUGAAAUCUGUGCUAAAUCUUGUCCCAACAGUUCACUUAAGGACUUUGCGUCUCUCAUAGGAGGUGAAGAUGCUUUUAGGUUACCAGAUGAUGAGGUGGAUGAUGAGUUACCAAAGAAGUCUUCUCCGAAGCAGGGGGAAGAAGAUGAUUGUGAUGAAGAUGAGGUUGCACGCGGUGAUGGUCAGCUACAAUCUAAACUUGACAUUUUAUCAUCUAUACCUGAUUUAUCAUUCAAAAAGAAGAAUGCUUCCUUCUUUGAUAAACUGAAAGAAAAACUGUUGGUAAGUGCUGGGGAGUCUUGUAAUUUGGUGUGUACUUGCUGUGGGCAUGAGUCAAAGUGUCUGUCUGAACUAGCUCGUCACCAGAAGUUGCAUACCAGCCCUGGAAACCGCAGCAAUGAUGGCACCGUGGUUAAUGGAAGUAGUGGUGUAGUGUUGGCUAGUUGCACAGAACUUUCUUCUACCAGAUGUCAGCACUGUCGUCAGCGUUGCAAGACUAGUGCAGAUCUAGUGAUACACCUACAGUCCUGUUUGGAAGCUAAUAAAAAUCUUGCGGAAACUUCUCCUUCCUCUGCUUCUCCUUCUGCACCUUUAACAGAAAUUGCCAAAGAAAAUAAGAUGGAGAAUGUUGAAGAUGAAGAAGACGAUGAUGAAGAAGAGGAGAGAGUGAAAGGGGAGGAACCACACCCAAUGGAGAAUAAAGUGUUUGUAUGGAAUAAUCUACCACAGCCAAUGGAGACGGAGAGCGAGGAGGAUCGCCAGUCACAGCCACAAGUACAGGAAGAACAGGAACAACAGCAGCAGCAGCAGCAGCAACAACAACAACAACAACAACAGCAACAGCAGAAACAGACAUCACCGCUGCAGCAAGUUCUGUUUGCACAGCAACAAGAUGAUGAUAGCCUUGACACAUCUGUUCGUAGCAAGUCACCGAUCAGUGAGGGUAGCCUGGUUGGCAUUGAAACAGCCCCAGGGUAUGGUGCUGUUACAAGCAAAGUUCCUUCAGAUUCUCCAGACGGAGUUAUUCCUGAUGUGGAUUGUAAAGUUCCAUUAACCGUCAAGAAGGUUUUUAAAUGCCCAAACUGCUCAUUUUGGGCAUCCACUGCAUCUCGGUUCCAUGUUCAUAUAGUGGGUCACUUAAACAAGAAGCCAUUUGAAUGUUCGCUCUGUGCUUACCGUUCAAAUUGGAGGUGGGACAUUACCAAGCACAUACGUCUGAAGUCUGCAAGAGACGCAAGUCAUGAGCGGGCGAGAGUUUUGAUGACAGAUGAAACAGGAAGGAGAAACUAUUCAAAAUACAACAAAUAUUUGACGCUAAUGCGAGUCCACGAACCGACAGCCGAGAGUAGUGGGAGCGGACGACGUUCGAAGGGUCUUGACAUGAGCCAGGCUAUGACGGUGCAUCCCAAUGCCAACAUUUUGCAACAGCAGUUGCCUGCUCCACCUCGUCUAACCCGAGCCCCUACUCCCGUCUCGAGCAGCGUUCAUCAUUUGGGCCCGGGUGUCCCACUCAGACCACCACCACCCCUGCGAGCAGCACACCACGUGGUGUUCCCAGGUCCUCCGCCUUUGCAACCACAGCCAUCAGCACUGCUACAGCAGCAGCGACAGCUUCAGCAGCAGGAGCAACAACAACAACAACAACAGCAGCAGCAGCAGCAGCAGGACCUGGACGUGAGACCCAAACGUGCAAUGAAGAGACUUAUAGUGAAAUCAGAGUGUGGCUCCGAGGGCCAACCGCCAACCAAGCGGCCAAGUACAGACAGUAAGAAAACCCUCUGGAAGUGUAAGAAGUGUAACUACAGGGACGCAAGUCGAGAACUGGUGCUAGCACACGUGAAGGAGCAUUACCAGCAGCGUCUACAGCAGGCCAGCAGUGGCGGUGGUACUGGCAGCAGCAACUCAGCCGAGGCAAGUGUCAGGCGGGGCCACGCACUUUUCCGGUGCGGCCACUGCCGUCAGGUAUCAAACUGGAAGCAUGUCAUCCAGAGACACUGCCGGUUGAAGCACAGUGGUGAUGUGAGGGUGGUGAUUGGCCUUAAAGAAGGUGGUACUGUGGAGGAGCAUUUCACGAUUGGUGCUGGCAUCGGUGAGGCAGAUCUGCCAACUUAUCCAGAAAUACCAGAAGGAUCAGAUACAAUAAGUGCCUGUGGCAAGUGCCCCUUUACAUGUGACUCUGCUGCUGAGAUGGGAGACCACAGAGAACAACACUUUUCUAGGCCGGGCGCAAUAUUCAAGUGCUACUUUUGUCCCUUCUAUGUCUCCCUUAAGAGGGACCUACUGCAGCACAUGAAACUACACGGUGUCACUGAGCCAGAGGACUACAUAUCAAAGGCUAUGCAGCAAGGGAAAAGCUUACACAAAACAACACCUGUGAAGUUGGAGAAGAGGACAGAAGAGCAGGGAGGACGACAGCACCACAACAUUGACACAAGCCCACAUAAGCGGUACAAGUGUUUUGGGUGUCCCUAUGUCAGCAACAGCAAGAGUCAGUUUCUAUAUCACAAACAGUUCCAUCGUCCCCGUGGGGCACCUUUCAAAUGCGGUCUGUGCUCCUAUAAUGUGAGUCGUCGCCACUUAUUGCAUCAACAUCUGCGUGUUCAUGGAAUUCUUAUUCCUCCUCAGAAGAGUCCUACCAAGUUGUCUGACAAGGAGAUGCGAGAGGAUGGAGCUGAUGAAAUCGAAGAAGUCACUGUAAUAUCGCGUCCAUAUGUUAGUGCACUGGCGUCUGAAUUUGCAUUAGAUACUCGCCAUAUGUCGGACAUACCGCUAGUUUGGGUGUCUCGGGGAAGGAAGUUUUCAAAAAUGUUUAAAUGUCGUUUUUGCCCUCAUGUGAAUCUGCGUAAAGCCAAUAUUCAAGAACACGAGAAGAUGCAUCGUGUACGUAAUACAACCGAUGUUGCUCAGUUAGACGCCUUGAAAGACAGUGAGUCCAAAGAGCAAGGUGCUUCGGGAAACCAGCAGCUGCAGCAACAGACUCUCCAGCAACACCACUGUCCUGACUGCAAUUACAUCUGCAAUAAUGCCGGAGUUCUGUCUUCACAUGCCAAAGUUCAUCAGGGUCUGCAUGGACAAGUGCAUUGUCUGGUAGACAACACAAGAAGUGAUGAGGCACAGUUAAAAGAGCUGAAUGCAAACAUGUGUAAGGACAGUGGUGAUGAGAGUGUCGUUAAUAUGGACAAAGAGGAGCAGGAAAUGUGCGAAGAAGAAGCAGAAAGUUUCCAGCUGGAAACUUCUAAAGAAAGUGACAGUGGCAAGAAUGUUGGUGUUAAUGAAUCUGAUGUGGAAAAUAAUAAGGAUUCAAGGGCAGAAGCAGAUGAUGUGCAUUUAUUAUGCUUUUGUUCACAUUGUCCAGCAAGAUUCUUGUUUGAAAAGGAAUUAACUAUUCACAUUCGUUUCCACGAGAUUCGAUUGGCACAUAGGUGUGAGUCGUGUUCAUACACGGCAAGACAGAGGCCACAUCUGUUAGCUCAUCUAAAGGUUCACACAGAGGAGUACCAGGAGCGGACAGACGUUCUUAGUAAAAUGUACGAUACCUCUUCUCGGUACCCCCGACCUAGGUCGGCUGUCAUAGUAGAAGGUCCUGGUGUGUUAGGUCCGGUUUGGGUGGUGAUUGGUGGAGCUGUUUCCCCACAAAUACAGCAUCCUAUUGAACAGGAAGCAGGCAGUUCAGAUGCCCCUGUAACUUCGGCAAGAACUGCGGUGAGGCAGUAUUCAUGCAAGCUAUGCCCAGCAAGGUUUUUCAAGUUUGUAGCUCUUGAGUAUCACACCAGUCUACAUGGGGGUUCUGGUCCUCACAAGUGUAGGAGCUGCGAUUAUGCAGUCAAGACGUAUGGAAAUCUGGUGAAGCACGAGAUGAUUCAUAGCAGCACGUCUAAAUUGCGACAGAACAACUCAGCAGGUAAGUGCAAGAGCUCUUCAGGUGUUGUUCCACUUUCUGGAACUGAAUUGUUUCAGCAGAGGGCAGAGGCACAGAAACAAAGUAGCAGCACUACUAAUGCUAGGCGAAACAUAACUGAUUAUUCAUCUCUGCAUGUGGACCCACAAUUUGGGAUUUUAAUACAUGGGAAUCCAGACUUUAUAUAUCCUACCUAUUUAAAAAAUGGGAGGCUGAAGGAGAAACGAUACAAAUGCCACAAGUGUCCAUCGGCUUUUGAAAAACGGGAACAGUACAAAGUUCACCUGUCGCUGCAUGGAUCCAAACAGCGGUAUAAGUGUGAAAAAUGUGACUAUUCAGUCAAAUAUUAUGCUAACUACAUCCAACACAUGCGCAAGCAUAAGAAUAAUGAGGAUGCCAUAGAGGCGCGCAAGUUAGAAAAAUCAGCGAAGGAUAGUGGUACCGUGAAGGAAGGAGGAGAAGCAGAUGUUGCUGAAGAAUCAAGUGCUGCAGAAGAUGACAUUCCUCCUCUGACACCACGCUCAGUAAAAACAAUUGGUAGCUCAUCAACAGUUCGGCAUGGCCCCCUGCAGUUAUCGAUGGCAGAUCGCCAGACAAUUCUGCUUCUUCAGCAACGAAGAUCAAGUAAUGCCAGCAGUUCCCGUGAUGGAGGAGAUGAACGAAAGUGCUUCCGAUGUCCACAUUGCCCUUAUUCUAGUCAGCGCCGUGAUGGGGUUGAGAGUCAUAUCAAACGUCACCUGUCUGUUUCGGGAGUGCGUGGAGCUUUUGUUUGUUCUCACUGCGACUACACCGUGCCACAGGUUCAUUUUCUUCGGGAGCACAGCAAGCUUCACUUUAAGAAGUUCCAACCUGACGUAUAUAUGAAGUAUGAUCGCAUUGAACUUUGGGCAUGUGAAGAAGGAAAAGAGAAUAUGAAUCAGGCUGUAGAAGGUUUUCUGUUUAACUCACUUGAGUCUUCUGGCAAAAGAGUGGUAUUCCAAGACAAUGGCAAUGCACAGAUAUCUGAUGACAGAUUCUACCCAUCACUGUCCCCUGAAAUAAAGGAGGAGUCGAUGGAGAAGGUGUUCAUAGACCUUCGUACUGGGGAGCCCAUCUGUGAGAAUAGUAUAGGUGAUGGUCAGAACAUAGUUGAAGAAGGAUCCAAAGAAUUGGUUGUAUGCAACAUGGAUGAUGUAGACGAGAAGAAUGAGGCGAACAGUGACAUUGAUGAUGUUGAAGCCUCGGCAGCUGCGAGCAUAGUAUUUGCCAGUGCUGACGAUAACAAAUCUGAAUCUGGGACCAGUAGUAGUAGUAGUAGUAGUAACAAGAACAGCAGCAGCAGCAGCAGCAGUGUCAUUGGUGGUGGUAGCAGUAGUAGUAGUAGUAGUAGCAGCAGCAGCAGUGGUGGUAGUAGAAGUAACAGUGGUGCCAGUAUUGACAGUAAUAGCAGUAGCAGUAGCAGUAGCAUAAGUAGCAGUAGUGGGGAUAGUGAGUCUGAUGACAGUGUUGACAACACCCAUGAAGUUAAAUCUGCUGAUGAUUGUGCAUUAUCUUGUUCAGAGAACUGA